UAUAUGUAAAUGGAGGAAAAGACAUGCAUCAAUCUAUGCAAAUAUUGAAAAUUACCUUGAACAAAAUCAUUUGGUACCUAUUAGAUACUCAUACAAGGAAAUUAAGAAGAUGACUCGAGGUUUUAGAGAAAAGUUAGGUGAAGGAGGAUUUGGCUCUGUUUUUAAGGCAAAGUUGUGAAGCGGAUCUUUUGUGGCAAUCAAAAUGUUAAGUAAAUCUAAAAGAAAUGGACAAGAUUUUAUCAACGAAGUUGCAACCAUUGGAAGGAUACAUCAUCAACAUGUGGUACAAUUAAUUGGAUUUUGUGUUAGUGGUUCAAAGCGUGCUCUUGUUUAUGAAUUCAUGCCUAAUGGAUCUCUUGAUAAACUUAUAUUUUCAAGAACUGGAAGUAUACAUUUAACCUAUGAAAAAAUAUAUAAUAUAUCAAUUGGAGUGGCUCGUGGGAUUGAUUAUCUCCAUCAUGGGUGUGAGAUGCAGAUUUUGCAUUUUGAUAUCAAACCUCAUAACAUCUUACUCGAUGAAAACUUUAUCCCAAAAGUUUCUGACUUUGGAUUGGCAAAGUUAUAUCCAAUAGAUAAUAGCAUUGUCACAAUAACGACAGCAAGAGGAACCAUUGGGUAUAUGGCUCCAGAAUUGUUCUACAAUAAUAUUGGAGGAAUAUCCCAUAAAGCUGAUGUUUAUAGCUUUGGAAUGUUGUUGAUGGAAAUGGCAAGCAAGAGGAAGAAUCUAAAUGUCCAUGCAGAACACUCAAGUCAACUUUACUUUCCCCUUUGGAUCUAUAAUCAUAUUAGAGAAGAGGAAAAUAUAGAUAUAAAAGAUUUGACUGAUGAGGAAAAGAUAAUAGCAAAAAAACUUAUCAUAGUUGCACUUUGGUGUAUACAAUUAAGACCAAACGAUCGUCCUUCAAUGAAUAGAGUAGUGGAAAUGCUUGAAGGAGGCAUUGAGGACUUGGAAAUACCUCCAAAACCUACUUUAUUUCCUGAUGAAAUGAGUGUAAAGGAUGAAACAACCAACUCUAUCUAA